AUGGCUCAACCCACUGUUGUCGAACGAGUGAUUGAGUCACAAAGACAGGAUCCGGAUUUGGAUACCAUUCACACUUUGAUCUCUAGUGGCGAGAUAGUGAAAGAUUGGACCUUGCAUGCAGAUGGAGUUCUACAGUUCAGGGGUCUGUUAGUUAUUCCUACAUGGAAUGGGAUGAAGAAGGAUGUUGCACAGUAUGUGACUAGAUGUCUUAUUUGUCAGCAGGUGAAAGCCAAGCACCAGAGACCAGCAGAUGACACAGAGGCACUUGGCGUGCUAUAUGUGAAGGAAAUUGUACGACUUCACGGAGUUCCAUUAUCUAUUAUUUCAGAUAGGGAUGCCAAAUUCACUUCAAAGUUCUGGGAAGGACUUCACGCAGCAUUUGGCUCAUCGUUGCAUCUUAGUACGGCAUUCCAUCCACAGACGAACGGCCAGUCGUAG